GCAGUGAAACUAUGAUCAAAUGGAAAGAUGCCAUUCUGAGGGGACCUUCUCAGUGCAUCAGCAGUCCUAGGAAGGCGAUCGAGAUCCACGAGAGCCGCUUCCGGUCGACACGACCCAUCCGGUGCGUGUCGCCUAAAGGAGGGGAGGGGGUGGCAAGUGCAUUAAGAGCAGAGUUGGUGAGGCUAGAACCAAACUUGGGGAGGGAGGCUUCAGCCACCCAGCCCUCCCCUCACUACACCACUGCAUUCAAUCCAUUCACUCUAGUGAUCGUCUCCUUGAUGUCGGGGCUUCACUGCCGUUGGAAAUACGACCGGCACCUCUUCCCCAUCGAUAAGGACAUCCUCGUGAGGUGCGUCACAUAUAUCUGGCUGGUCGUUUGGGUCGAGCGGACACGCGCCUUGCCUUGUGAAGGACAUCACCGUGGCGAGAUGAUUCACACCCACUUCAAAUGGUUCAAAUGGACGGUGUCUCAUGUCCAAAGCUACCUAUGGUGUGGGAUGCGCACAGUGUCAAAUCAAAAAGUGUAUUUCUGCCCAGUUUGUCCCUACAUGUCCUUCCGCAAAGAUCAUGCUAUCUACCACAGUCGCCGACAUAACAAUGAGAAGCCGUACCCCUGUCAUAUGUGUGGAAAGAAAUUUGCCCGUCGAGAUGUCCUCAACACACACUUUAUGACUCAUAUGGUGUUCCCUGUACAUACCCACCUUUGGUGUGGACAGACAGCUGAUAACAAGAAGCUGUAUUUCUGCUCCAUCUGCCCACAUGUGUCUGCCCACAAGCACAAUGCUAUCAGGCAUAGUCGUACUCAUGACAAUGAGAAACCAUUCUGGUGCUCGUUUUGCUCAAAGACUUUCACACAGGAUACAGUGUCCUAUGUCCAGAGCUAUAUAUGGUGUGGGAAGAUGCGAGCAACAAGGUGCAAGCUCUACUUCUGUCCUGUUUGUCCCUACUCAACUGUUCAGAAAGGUCACGCGGUGGACCAUAGUCGCAAGCACAGCAAGGAGAAACCUUUCCAGUGUCCCAUCUGCUUCAAGUCCUUUUCCCAAAAAUCCAGCCUCAAGACUCACUGUAUUGUUCAGCAUUCCCUUGACCAUCACAAAAUCACUUCAUUUCUCAUCCAGAAAAAAAGAGGCCUUACGAGCGUGCACUACGUCCAGGCCUACCUAUGGUGUGGGGAAGCACAAAACACAGGGUGCAAGAUCUACUUCUGUCCUGUAUGUCCAUACUUUGGUCCUCACAAAGGCAAUGCACAAAGCCACAGCCGGAAACACAGCAAGGAGAAACCUUUCCAGUGCCCUAUUUGCUUCAAGUCUUUUUCUCAGAAGUCAAGUCUCAAGGAGGUGUUAUUGGAACUGCUCCUUCACAUCAUUGUCACCUUGCACUUCUUGCUCCUUGUGAUUCUUCGCAUGGUCCAAGCAAUUGGAAGUUGCUUGGAACCAGAUCCAGGU